AUGCCACACUCACAUCACCAACACAUGCUCCACCAUGUGCGCGACAACGUACGCCAUUUGGGCUCUCCCGCCAGCGCCGCCACCCGAACUCUCAAACUCGUUGAAAGAGCGAGCCCCGUUCUUCUCGCACGCGACACCCUCGAAUGCACAAGCAACAGCGAGCCCGGCUGCACAAAGCCAACCCAAGUGCCUAUGCUGGCUAUCGCACUAGCUAUCGUUGUUCCUGUUGUUGGUAUCGCUGUUGUACUCGCCUUCUUACAUCGUCGCAACAAGCAAAAGCUUAGGGAGGAGGAUCAGAGAGACAAAUACAAGUCGAACGAUUGGGGUAUGGAAGGCGUCAUACCCAAGACGAGUAAAAAGGGUGGUCCUGAAAUGAGCAUCUCUGAGAAGGAAAUCUCUGGAGGUCACGACCGCGGUCUGUCAAUCGAAACUGGAAGCCCCUACAUCCUGCCCCCUGGUCUACACGGCUCUCGUGAGUCGUUCCACUCGCUUUCGCGCUCGACACACGACCCCCAUGACCCCUACGGACCAGUCGCUUUCUUGAGGGAUGACCAGAGCCUCCGCAGCCAUGGACCAUACAAGGGCGAAACCAACUCCGUGUACACUGCGUCCAGCUCAGGAACAAAGAAGGAAGGUCUUCAGGCUGGUCUCCUCCAGAACGCGCAAAGAAUGUCGACGUCUGCCCCAGUCCGCGGCGAGUCUCUGUCUCCUGACAGCACCAGGUCACCGGAUAGCAAGUUUGCCGAGGCAGGAAUUCCCCUGAGCCCGUUGAACCCGCGAUAUGAACCUGAGGCCCCGGCUGCCGCUCCUGCUCCUGCCCCUGCCCCUGCCCACGCUGCUCCCGUCGCCUCCAAGCCUACCGACGUCCCGACCAUUUCUAUCCCUGAACCCCAAGUCACCGAAAAGCAAGUCAACAAGUCGCCUGUUCAGACCACGAACGAGAUUCCCUCAUUGCCCCGUAUCCAGUCGCAAGCUGUUGUACUAGAAACCGCCAAUACGCACCACAGCAUCAUCAGCACCUCCAGCUACGGCGAUGGUUUCGAGGUCACACCGCCUUCUCCUCGCAACAGCGACCAGCCAACGAUUGCAGCGCCCAAGCCCCGAUACUCAACUGGCCCACAGAACCUUGGUCUCGGAGUCGAUGACUUUGGCCACAGCAACAACCGUCUGUCAAUGAGCCUGCGUCCUAUGCCUUCCGAAGACCCCAUGGAGAACCCAGAAGAGCGUGCCAACCGUAUCCGAUCUUUCUACAAGGAAUACUUUGACGACUCCAAGCCCGAACCCAUUGGCGGACACCAAUACACUGACUAUGUCGAGGACUAUGGUUCUGAAUACCAGGAUGGUACUGUCUUUGACCCACGCACUGGUAACUUCGUCGUUGCUCAGCCCAACGCACCCUUUGCUGAGCCGAUUACUCGUCGUGCCAUGACUCCUCCACCUCGCGCACCUCCUCGAUUCCGAAGCAACACAGCUACCGGUCCACGUGGUGCUCACAUGUCCAACGGCUCCAUGGCUUCAUCGCACUACCAACCCCCUCGUGGCAUGUCGUCGAUGAGCGGCCGUCUACCCCCACCAAUGAAGAAGCCUCUGCCGCCACCUGCCGCUCUCUCAUCACUGCCAACACCUGCCAAGCUCAACGAGAACUCGAUGGUAUUUGAUGCUGCGGACUUUGCGCCUCCAGUUUCUUUCCGUGAUAGGCAAAACGGUAUGCGACCAGACAGUCCUCUUGGCAACGCUAGGCCGUAUAGCCCUUCUGUUCGCCCCCACACGCCACUUGUCGGUUCCUAUGAUGAACUCCCAGUGCUGCCCAGUCCCCAUCUGAUGCGCAAGUCUGGUACCUUUACUGCCCUUGACUUUGCUCCACCUGGCCGUAUCCGUGACCCUGCCGGUGCCGGCUCAGAUGCCGGAUCUAUCCGCUCAAACCGCUCUGGCAUCUCUGCGGCUGGUCGAUUUGCAGUCCGCAGUGGAGCCAACCGGGUCAGCAGGAUACCGCGAGAAAUCAUGGGUACCAAAGAUGACAUUGCUCUGCAACUAAGGCCCAGGAUGAACUUGGUCGAGAGUGCCUAA